AUGGAUACUAUUCAAGUCUUUGAUACUACAUUACGCGAUGGCGAGCAGUCACCCGGAGCGUCCAUGGAGGUAGAACAAAAAGUGAACAUAGCACGUUCACUAGCUGGAAUGGGGGUAGAUGUUAUUGAGGCGGGAUUUCCUAUUUCUUCGCCUAAGCAAUUUGAAGGAACAAAGCUUAUCUGUGAACAAGUAAGAACCUCAACCAUUGCAGGAUUGUCAAGAGCAAUCCAGAAAGAUAUAGAUAUAGCUGCAGAAGCGUUAAAAAAAGCAGCAAACUCUCGGGUGCACACCUUCCUUGCCACCUCCCCAUUACACAGAGAAUAUAAACUAAGAAAAUCUAAAGAGGAAAUUAUUGAAAUAGUAUCAUGGGCAGUAAAGUAUGCAAAGAAUUUAUGCUCUGAAGUUGAAUUCUCUGCCGAAGAUGCCCUGCGAACAGAAAAAGACUAUCUUGCUGAAGUUGUCGAUGCCGCGAUAAAAGCGGGCGCGAGUAUUGUCAACAUACCAGAUACAGUGGGAUAUGCUACCCCUCAAGAAAUAGAAGAAUAUUUUACCUACCUUAGAGAGCAUGUAGACAAAAUCGAUACCAUCAUACUCUCGGCACAUUGCCAUGACGACUUAGGGCUUGCCACCGCCAACACCUUGACUGCUAUAAAAGCAGGAGCUCGUCAAGUGGAAGUAACAGUCAAUGGUAUAGGAGAACGUGCGGGAAAUGCUGCACUCGAGGAAAUAGUAACAGGGAUAGGUAUACGCAAUGAUUUUUGGAAGGUAAGAACAAACGUUGAUCCUAGUAAAAUUUAUACUACAUCUCGACUACUCAGUGCCACAAUAGGUUACCCCAUCCCUCGAAACAAAGCAAUAAUUGGUGAAAACGCUUUUGCUCAUGAAGCAGGAAUACAUCAAGACGGUGUCCUGAAGCAUCGAGGAACAUACGAGAUACUUACUCCUGAUUAUGUAGGGAGAAAAUCAAACAAUAUUGUGCUUGGCAGACAUUCUGGUUUGAACGGCUUGAGGAGCAGGUUAAAACAUCUUAGCAUACACGUUGAAGAAGAAACAUUGCAAGAGCUCUACAAAAAAUUUCUUGAAAUAGCAGAUAAGAAACGAGAAGUAUAUGACAGCGACCUUAUUGCAAUAGUAAGUAAUUUUGAAGAAGAAGAGGAUAAUACCUUUUUCAAAAUCGAACAUUUCUCUAUGUAUUUAGAGCCAAAUACACAGCCUCGAGCAGAAGUAACACUGCGCAUCGGUGAGAAAAACAAAAAAGCAAGCGCCAGUGGUGACGGUCCAAUAGAUGCUAUAUUUAGUGCUAUCUGCUCAUUAGUAGAUUAUACAGUGGUCUUGGAAGAGUAUCAUGUAACAGCGAUAUCUCCUGGAACAAAUGCCCUAGGCGAAGCUGUGGCAGUUACUACUAUUGAGGGUAAGGAAUGCAUUGGAAGAGCUUCCUCCACCGACAUUCUAGAAGCAAGCGCGCAUGCUUUUGUGUAUGCACUGAAUCACUUUCAGUUUUAUCUUCUUCACAGCAACAAUGAACAUAAGGAAUCUUAA